CAGAUUAUUGAGCAGUUAGUUUUUUUUUACUGUUCGGUUUGAAAUAUUUGAAUAGGUAUCUUUAUAUUGUCACAAGGAAAUACACUUAAAAACACUUUAAAAUUCCAAAAUCUUAUUGAAAAUGGCAGAUUCCGAAGGUAUAAAUUUGUAUAGUAAAUAAAUGCAUAAAUAACUAAUUUAUACAUAAAAAUAAAAUAAAUAAAUAAAUAAAUGCGUCGCCUGGAGUAUUAUGAUAAGUGAUAUUAUACGACCGGUUUCGAAUUAAAAAUUCAUUAUCAGGUAUAUCACAGUCACAGUCAGAUUUGAGUGGCGUUUUACAUUUUGACUGUGAUAUAGCUGAUGAUGAGUUUUUAAUUCGAAACCGGUCGUAUAAUAUCGCUUAUCAUAAUACUCCAGGCGACGUAUUGAUUCAUUUAUUUAUAUUAUUUUAAUAUAUAAGCAAUUUACUUAUAUAUUUAUUUACUUUAUUUAUUUACGAGUAUUAACCAUUUUAAUAAUUUUGUUUUUACUCUAUUAUUUUGUUAUUAUAUACAUUUUAUUUUACCAUUUGUAAAGAUUUAUUCUUAAAUUUAAUAUUAAUUGAAAUAGUUUCCAUUGGAAGAUGUGUACCAUCCAAAACAUUUCCGAAACAAUUUUUACUCGGGACAGCAACCUCGGCUUACCAAGUUGAAGGAGCUUGGAAUGAUGACGGUGAGUUUAAGCUGUUUAUAUUAGUAUCUAACCUAUCUAAUGUUAAGUCGAAAUUUAAAGAAUAUUAUAUAAAACAGAUGUCCUAGGAUAAUGGGGAUGGGUGCAGCCACUGUUAUAAAUAAUUUAAUGUAUACUUGUAAGCAACGAUAAACCAUUGUUUACGAACAAAUAAUUUUGAGUGGAGUUCAGUUGAUAAUGAUGCUUUGUCAACAAUAUAUACAUGCCAUUUUAUAGUAAAAUAAUUAAAUAGACUUUAUAUAUUUUCUUUAAUAAUAUUUAUUUAAUGUUGUACCGAUUUUCCCAAUUUUCUUACGUUUUCUCGGUUUUUCACAUUUGCAGGAAAAACUGAGAAAAUGGAAAAAUUACCUCUCUAAAGUACCUCCCUUGUGAAAAUUUUUUUUAGAAACAUUGCUAUUAUUAAAAUUUGGAGCAAAAUUGCUGGUUGAAAUGUUGUGCGCAGGAAAAAAGUAAUAUUUUAGUAAUAUAUUUCGUACAUUUUCCCUUUUUCUUUCGGUUUUUCAAAUUUUAUGAGAAAACUUGAAAAAAUCGAAAUAUUACCUCCAUUCGCUCUACUCAGAAUCUAAAAUUGUAUUCCUAGAAACCGACAUUAAUAAUGGUAAAAACUUAAAAUGGUAUAUGUAUGCAUACAAUUUAUAGUUCUAAAUAAAGAUAUAUUAGGUAUUUUAAAAUUAAAAUAAAAUGUAUCCAUGAUGAUCCAUGAUAUCUUAAUUUUAUCACGAUAACACAAUAAAACCAUUUUCAGGUAAAUUACCAUCAAUGUGGGACGAAUAUUUUCAUAAUACUGGUGAAAAUAAGAUGCACAAGUACUACUUAGAUAUGCAAAUUCCUCUCAUUGAAGAAUAUAAGGCUCGUGGUGUUCACCCGAGAUUAGUCGAUGAAUAUAAAGGAAUGGCUGUAUACGAAGUUCCGUCGUCCAAAGUUAUCGACCCUGAAUAUUUUAAUUUCAACGGAGAUAUCACUGCGGACACGUAUCAUAAAAUUGACACGGACGUUAAACUUCUUAAAGAAUUAGGCGUCAGUGUUCGAAAGAGUUAAAAUAACCGUUUUAACAAAAAACUAUUUAUUUAAUAUUUAUAUUUUAGGUUCAAGCGUACCGAUUUUCUAUCAGCAUCAUGAGAAUAAUACCGAAAAUACAUGACCAUAUACCAGAACAAAAGGGAAUAGAUUACUACAAUAAAUUAAUUGACAAACUAAUCGAAAAUAAUAUAACACCGAUGGUAAAUAUAUAAUUUAAAUUAAAUUCUCAACAACCAACACUAUCAAACUGUACUUUAUUUGUAUUCAUUUCCAAAAAAUGUUAAUUGUUUUUAAUUAUCUACGAGUCCAUUAUAAUGUAAAAUACAAAACAACAAACUUACACACUCGUAGGUGUACGCAUGGGAGGGGGGUGCUGGGCGAGCUUGGGAGCCUUCUGACAUUAUGUAAUUGGAGCCCUUAAAUUUAAGACGGGGUCCCGUAUUUUAUCUGAUGUCAUUAAACAAAACAUUACAUUUAUUACUUUCUAAAAUAUGUGAUGAAAAAAAUCACGUUCUACGUUAUUAUUUAUAAAAAAAAUUUCUCAACAAUUUAACUGACAAAAUUAUUCCUUAAGGAACCACUAACAAAUCUGUUGUUUUGAAUGACUUAAAAAUAUUUAACAUUUUAUCCGUUACUCAAAACGUUCAUAUGAAACCGUCUUUUCAAAAUUUUAUAUUAAUAAAAAUGAUCUUAAGAAGUAUAAUUUCUUAAGCUCGUUUAGACUGUUUAGAGUAAUUAUUUCUUCUAUUUUAUGGACAAGUUAUUUCUUUCAAUGAAGAUUCAGGCUCGAUAAUUUCGUUGGUACCCCUUGAAAUUCAAGUUUUAACAUAGAAUUAUAUUGUAUAAUAUUAUAUCGGUAGUCAGUGGCGUAAUUGAGAAUAUUUUAAGGGAAAAUCGAAAUAAAUGUUCAUGGUAAUCUCGAAGGAGGUUCGCCUCACACAACUCUUCCCCCUUACCAAAAUUUAAUAACUCAUCAGCAGGAAUCGAAAGUUUUACUAAUAAAUGGCACGUCUGUGUUUUUAAAAUCGCAACGUUAUAAUCUCGUUCAAACGCGUAGUAUGUAAAGCUCAAAGUGAAAUAUAUCAAUUAUCUUGACAUAAACUACAUAAAAUAUUGCUUAACUAAUUUAAUAAUAAACUAUAAAUAUUUUAUUAUCCACCAAUACAAUUAAACAUUUAUAAUUUUAGAUUCUGAGUGGAGCGAAGAAGUUUAAGGUUUUACAAAGAUGUUUAUUUUUUUUUUUCUGUAAACAACUUUUCUACCAAAGGACUUGCUCGAAUUUUUACUUGUAGCAUCUUUUCUGAAAGGAAAUCGGAGUGGGUAUGUACCUUAAAAAGGUAAUUUUUCGUUUUUCUCAAGAGUUUUCUCAUCAAAUUUGAAAAAUCAAAAAGAAAUGGGGAAAUAUAAAAAAUGUAGGUAUUGGUUAAAAUAUAUUACGGCCUUUUUAUUUUUCUGUGCACAACUUUUCUACCAGCAAUUUUUCUCCAAAUUUCAAUGAUAGUAAUGUUUCAGGAUAUAGUGGCAGGUUUUAAUUUUUGAGGAGGACUUAUUUUGUGUGGUUUUGGAGUUAAUGCGGUCCAUCUUUUUGUGUCACUUGCAAAGACGGCUGGUAUGUAUUCAUUGCAGUCUAUUUGCGUGCCAAAGUUUUUGAAGUAUGUGAUUUUUCGGUGUCAUGUAGAGUACGUCUUAUUGUUGACGGAAACAGGUAGUUCAUUAAAACAUCUAUCUUGGAAAUUUAAAUUGACAUUUAUAGGAACACAUUUUUGGAGGUAAAUUAUUUCUCCCGUUUUUAUAGCUGUGUAUCCUGGUCCUUCUUCUAUUAUAUAUGCAAACUCACUUAAAGAGUAUGAUGCGAGAGAAAGCUUUUGAAGUAAUAAUUGUUUCUCAAAUUCACAUUGCUUAUGUACUUCUAAAUUGUAUAAAAUAACAAUACACUAUUAUAUUAAGGCUCAUAGGGCUCAUAUAUCUCCUAUAUAUCACCCCAAUAAUAACGCCCCUGUAGGUAUGUAUAUGGCAAACAUGAGUAAUAUUCCGAAUAAAAUAUUCAGAAUAAUUGAAAAGUUUAACUUAAAAAAUACUUAAAAAGUGUUAUGAAUAUAUUAAAAACUAAAUUUUUUCAGAAGCAUUAAAUACCGUAUACAUACUCCUUAUAAAUAUAAUGAUUAUUUUAUUUUUAAAAAAAAAAACAAUGAAAAUAAAUUUUAAUAAAAAAACAGUUUACCUCCUAGAAUUUUUUUUUUUUUUAUAUUGUAUUCCUAAAAAUAAUAUUUAUAUGUAUUUAAAUAAUUCAUUUCACUGAAUAAUUAGCAGAUGUAUACAUGUAUACAUAAUAGAUAUAAGUUGCCAGAUGUACGGUAUGGAUCGUAUUUGUACGAUAUUUGACAUAGUGUACGGUGUACUAUCCAGAUAUUAAUACCGUACACAAAAUACGGUAACUAGCUGUGAGCAGACAGAUAGUUUUUUUUUUUUAUUAUUAAAGGCUUUUCUUACAAACAUAUAAUCGGUGUUUAUUUAUCGUUCAAAAUUUCAAAAUUGAUAGUGUGUGGUGUUAAUAUCACGAUUUAAAAUAUACUGUACAUUAUUUUAAAUUCGUGGUUAGUAUGCGAUCGAGCCGCGUUACCGAAAUCUUAUUAUAACGAAUUCUUAUAAUUUUUUGGACAACUGCUUAUUUUCUAUUUCUGUAGACAAUGUACUAUUAGUUUAAUAUUCAAUGUUGUACAUGAGUGGAAAGAUAUCUGAAAUAAGCAGUGUAUUUAGGGCAGCAAUUUCGGUUGAGCACUUAAGAUUUUUUUUUUUUUGGGGGGGGGGAAUUCCCCUCAACAUUUUUUCCUGCUUAUUAGUAUAAAAGAUAUGUUUUGAUGAAAAAAUAGUAUGUACGAUCUUUGAAUAGUAAAAACGAACUUUUUGAAAAGAUCGUACGGUUUUCAGAGUUACAAAAUCUGUCAGCACUCACAUAACUAAUAUUACAUUAUUAUUAUCAGGGAACAUUAUUCUAUUAUGACGCAUCAUCGUCAAUUAACGUUUUUGGCGGAUUAUUACACCCUCAUAUUGGAACUUUAUUCGAAGGAUAUGUUAGAUUGUGUUUUGAAAAAUUUGGAGAUCGAGUAAUUCAUUGAAUUUCUAUAGUAUGAGUAUCCUUAUUAAGCAAAUAAUUAACAAUAAAUAAAUAUUCUUUAAGGUAAAAUAUUGGACAACGACUCCAGAUCUACAUUUAGCGGCAGAAGGAUACGGUUCCGAGCAUCAUGUACCAGGAUUUCAGGAACACCAAUUCAGUGGAUUUCUUGAUUACAUAGCAAUAAAAAAUCUGUUGAUUGCCUCAGCCAAAGCUUAUAGAAUUUACAAUAAUGAAUUUAAGGGAAAACAACAAGGUAGUAAUCAUUUACAUUAACAAAUUAAAAUUUAAUUAUCGCCUAUCACUCUAUUGUUAAAUUUUUCAAUUUACAAGAACAAUUAUUAAUAUAAUAUGUUAAUAUACAAUUUAGGUGAAAUAAGCAUUGGCAUAAAUGGAACGUGGUAUUACCCCAAAGACCCGAAUAAUCCGGAACAUCGAAAAAUCGCUAAACUCGCUCACCUGUCUACUGUAAAUCACUUAGUGUCGUUAUCACUAACAUAAACCUUGAUUUUUAAAUGGAUUUUCAAAAUAAUCAACUAAUCGUAGUCAGUUUUCAGCAUAAAGCCAAUUUAAAUAUCAGAUAAAAAAAGCGUUUAUAUCGGUGAUAACGGCCUUAAAAUAUUUAAAUUUUAAUUCUUUAACCUUAUUUUUAUUAUUCGAUUAUUCCUUUCAGUUUGGUAUGAUUAUGAAUCUUUUGGCCUACGGCGAGUAUCCGGCAGAAGUUGUAGAAGCUGUUGAACGUAAUAGUAAAGCUGAAGGAUUUAAAACGGGUCGUCUGCCAGAAUUUACAGAAGAAGAAAAAGCACUCGUUAUAGGUAAAUUAUGAUUUGAAUAACUAAACAAUAAUUAUGGCAGUUGCUUCAUAUUAAAUUAAUGAAAAAAAGUUUUAUCCAUAUUUAAAAAAACGAACAUAUAAUAUAUUUUUCCACAGGGUCAUUUGAUUUUAUUGUACUUGAUUACUACAGCUGUAUAAAAGUGCGACCACUAACCAGUGAAGAACUUAAAAAUGAACCGAAUCAUAAACGAAAAGAUCGAGGAUAUUUCAUGGAGUUCGAUGACAUAUCUCCAGUCGAAGUAUCUACUCUUAAUAAUAAUAAUUAUAAUAUUUUUUUAUUACGAAAAUCAAUUCCAAUAACACAUUUUUUUAAUCAUAUAAAUAUAAAAACAUACAUUAUCAGUAAUUUAAUUAUACAAUAAAAUUAUAAUAAUAAUUUAAAAAGGAAUGGGGCAAAUAGGUAUCAAUAUCAUACGAUAUACCGAAAUUUAUAAAAAAAAAAACCAAGUAAAAUAAAACGAGAUAUUAAUUUUUUUCCAUUUAGUUUUUAUGUAUCCUCAUGAUAGCCGCCAUAAAAGUAUUUAGAGAUUCCCUGAAAAAAAUUUAUAUUUCUUACUGAGUUAUCUGCAGACAUGAAAAUAUUGGUUGGAAAAUUUUGCAUAUAAUUUGUAGUUGAAUGUUUUGUGUAAAAUAAAUUUAGAGAUCAACAGUUUAUUGGAUUAAUUUUGAAAUUUAUAUUUUGUAGUAAUUCAGGACACUCUAUCAUAUGAUUUAGUAAUUUGUACAAAUAUUUUAAUUUAAUUUGCAUGAAAUGCUGUUCUAGUGACUGUAUAUUAAAACAAUGGAUCAUAACAUUAUUAUCAGAAUGAGGGGUUCUAUAUACAAAACACUGAUAACAUAAAAAUCUAAUAAAAUUAUUUCGAAUUUUGUUUAAAUCUUAGAUAGAUCGUGGACUGUAGAAACUCUUAAUAAAUUUGUAUUGCUCAAAGAAUAAUUAAAUUGUAAUCCCUUCAAGGAAAAAUGAAUAUGGGAACAUUUUUUUUAAAUUUAAAUGCAUAGCAUUUUGUUUGCACCAUUUAUAUAUAUUAUUUAAACCUAAUUGUUGUUCAAUAGUAUCAUUUAAGCAACUAAUAUUUUUGAAUAUAUUUGCAUUGUCGGCUAAUAAUAGAAUUUAAGAACAAGAAAUAACUUCGGAUUUAUCAUUUAUAAAAACACAAAAUAAUACAUAUAUAUAUAGGAGACAAAUGAUUUCUUUGGGGAACGUUAGAAGUAACAAAAAUUUGUUCGGAGAGAUAAUUUUUGUAUUUUACAGUUUGGGUAUGACUAGAAAUAAAAGAGUAAAACCAAGAGAGAAGUGGUUCAGUGAAUUCAUAUAUUUUAAGUUUAUUAACUAAUAAUUUAUAAUUAAUUCUAUUAAAGACUUUUUCCAUAUCGGUAUAAAUGACAUCAGUUUAUGAAUGAUUUAUAAAUGAAUUUAAAAUAUCUUGUUUAAAUAUACAUACAUUUGUACAAUAGUAGAUCUGUUUUGCCUAGAGCCAUGUUGGCUAUUUGAUAAUAAUUUAUUACAUAAAGGAGUAAUAAUAUUUUUGAUUAGUUUUGAGAAUAAUUUAGGUAUUAUCGACAAUUUAGAAAUAGGACAGUAAUUGUUUAUUAGACAUUUGUUGCCUUUUUUGAAAAUCGGGAUUAUAAAUGAGGAUUUCCAUUAUUCAGGGAAAAUACCGGACAACAAUGGUUGGUUGAAUAAAGAAGUAAUAGUUGGAGUGAGAAUGAAUGCACACUUUUUUAAAAAAAUUGGGGAAAUAUCAUUAGGGCGCCAAUCGCAGCUAUAUAACUGCUGUUGUCCAAAGUUCAUUGAAAAUAUCUGUUUGUUCCAAUUCAAUUUUAUUAGUGUCUCCGACGUUGUUUUCUUUUAAAUUAACCCGCGAGCAAAUUAUAUCAUCUGAGAUAUGUGUAUUAGAAAAAUAUUCUUUAAGUAAGUUAAUAAUAUCGUUACUAUUGUAAACCUCUUUGUUUAGGUAUGACAUAAUAUGACAAUAAUUUGUGACUAUUUUUAUUAUUUUCGUUUACAAAUUUUCAAAAAAAUUUAGGAUUAUUUUUAACUGCCUUUUAUGAGUUUUUUUAUAUCUAAAACAUAUAACCUCGAUGUCUUAAGUCUUUACAUUUUGCACGUAUACUACAAAAAUUCAGAUAAUUUGUUAUGUAGUUAGGGUGGUUAUAAAUAUUAUGAGCUACUAUUUUUUUUUUUUUGUAUAUGGGGUUUUAGUUACUUACUAAACCAUUUGGGACAAUAGGAUUCACGAAUUUAAAUUUUAGGAAUAAACAUGAAAUAACUCCAACCGAAGUACCUACUAUUGUUACAUAAUAUAUCAUUAUAUUUACCCAAUAAAUAUAAAUCGAAGAGUGAUAAUACAAUUUGAUUAAGGUUUAUGAUGGCUUCUUGAAUUGCUUAAAAUAUACGAACGAAGUAUUAAAUAAACCGAAAAUUUUCAUCGGCGGAAACGGAUAUCCAGAAGAUGAAGGAGUUGAUAAGAGCGCUCAAAAAAUAGCUUAUCAUACAGUAAGUAAAGUGUAGAACGUUUAUGAAUAAUAUUAUAUAAUGUCUAAUAUAUUUCAAAUGAUUUAAAGAUUCGUAAUGUAUUAAAAUAUGUUUUAUUUCCUUAGGGAAUUUUGAAUAAACUUCUAGAAGCUCUAGAUCAAAACAUCAACGUUUUUGGGUACUGUGUCUGGUCGUUCUUAGAUACCCUAGAAUUCACAUUUGGUUAUAGGUAAUUUGACACUGAUUUUUAUUUUUAGAUUUCAAGCGUAGCAAAGGGAACUAUUAGUAUUAUUAAGAUGUUUUUUUUUUCGUUGUUCUAGUCUGUGGACACGCUUUUUCCUAGUAAAUUUGCUCUGAUUUUUACGUAUGGUAACUUUUCUGAAACCUCAAGUUAUCUAGAUUGUACUUUCAAGAAAUCAGUUUAUGAUUUUCUACGUUAUUUUUCAAAUAAAAAAAUAUAAGAGGGAAAAAUGUCUGAAUUUAUUAUUUUAUAAAAACACGGACGAUGUUUUCUAUCAGAAAAAAUGAUUUAAUCGUAAAAUUUCCAAAAUCAUCGGACGACUUUUUUUCCUUUUUUAAAUUUUUUUACAAUGGUACUUUAUUUUAUAUAUAUAUAUAUACUAUAGACCUUUCUUAGAAAACUUGCUCUGAUGUAAAGCAUCUUUACUAAAAAUCAAUUUUAUCUACUUGGUAAAAACAUAGGUCGUUUUUUGAUUUUCGAAUUAAUUUCCAUAAUAAUCGGGAAAAAAAAACGUAGGAAAGUAAAGUUAAAAAAAAUUGUGGCACUUUAAAUUAUGUAUUACCGAACUACGCUCGUAAUCGUCUUUUGUCAGCAAUGGUUUAUCUUUGCAGAUAUAAAUGAAAUAACCUUAUGUAUUCUACCUUCCCAACUUCUCACCUAUAACAGUGGCUACUGUCAUCCCCAGUAUCAGCUUUUUUUUGAAUUGUUUUGAAGAUAAUAUAUGAUAUUUUUUGUAUUCAGGUAAUUAUGUAAUCUAAUUUAUUUGUGUUAUAGGAAGAAAUUUGGAAUUUAUUCUGUAGACUUCGACGAUGAAUUGCGACCAAGAUCCAAGAAAAAUAGUUUUUCGUUUUUCCAACAGCUAUUUAAGACGAAUAAAUUAUAAAUCAUGAUUUAAAUUUAACCAAAAAGAAUGUAGUUGGAAUAUUAAAAAUCUGUAGCUUAACUUUUAAUGGAAUUUAGUAAAAAUAAUUUGUAUUAAAAAUAUAAAUAUCCCUUAACUAAAAUUAUUCAUAAUCGUAAUUAAUUUCUUCAACCUAUUCCCAUGUAUUUAUUAGUGGAACGACAAUUUCAUACUUUAUGCUAACUUAUAAUAAUCUAAUGUGGUGUUUUCGAUACAAAAGAAAUUA